CACCGUCUAUCUCUCUCUUUCUCCCUACUUUUAGUGUGCCAAACGUUUGAGCAACGCUCUGCAAUUUCCAAGCAGCUCUUCGUGCAACAUAUUCGUCUCGCUUCCGACUAUCUGAAUAUCGUACUCAAGUAUAUGCCCCUAUAAUCAGUCGAUUCGAGUGGUAUUGUGUACAAACGGCCUAAAUUAUCGCUUGCAAAUAAAUCCUCGAUUUCAGCGCUACGACUGCUGCCCGAUACGUCGCCGUUUGAGUUAGAGUGACUGAGCGAUUUUGGAGAGAGAGAGGAAAGAACGUAUACAGCUGAGAGCAACGAUUCAAGGUACCAAGCAUCAGAAUGGCCGGCGCAACGAUGUUCGAACGUACUCAAGCGCUCACCAUGACGAAAGGCAACGAGGGUAUCACCCUCUUGCACGAGAUCGUGUCAGAUCCAGCCCCCGUCGACAAUGAGGACAGCAUCAAAGUCAAGGAGCAGGGCAUCCUGCAACUUGGUGAGCUUUACAAGAAGGAAGGCAAAGCCAAAGAACUUGCUGAACUUAUCAAGGCAACCAGGCCAUUUUUAAACUUAAUCAGUAAAGCCAAAGCUGCCAAACUUGUCAGGUCUUUGGUGGAUUUCUUCCUGGACCUUGAAGCUGGUAUUGGUAUCGAAGUUGAAUUGUGCAAAGAAUGUAUAGAAUGGGCAAAGGAAGAACGCCGCACAUUUUUAAGACAGAGCCUGGAGGCUAGGCUAAUUGCUUUGUACUUUGAUACUGGCAUGUAUGCAGAGGCUCUACAACUUGGCUCUGCACUUUUAAAAGAACUCAAAAAAUUAGACGACAAACAAUUGUUGGUAGAAGUUCAACUUCUUGAGAGUAAGACUUAUCAUGCUCUUAGCAAUCUUGCUAAGGCAAGAGCUGCCUUAACAAGUGCUAGAACUACAGCCAAUGCCAUUUACUGUCCACCAAAAAUGCAAGCUGCAUUAGAUCUUAUGUCUGGUAUUUUACAUGCUGCUGAUGAACGAGACUUCAAGACUGCUUAUUCUUACUUUUAUGAAGCUUUUGAAGGCUACGAUAGUGUUGAAAGCAAUAAAGCUCUUACAGCAUUGAAGUACAUGCUGCUAUCAAAAAUUAUGCUUCGUUCUCCUGAAGACGUUUCCACCAUCAUGUCAGGUAAACUUGCUGUUAAAUACGCUGGACGUGAUUUAGAUGCAAUGAAAGCUGUAGCUGAAGCGAGUCACAAAAGAUCUCUAGCUGACUUUGAAGCUGCUCUUAAAGAAUAUGGCCAAGAAUUGAAAGAGGAUGUUAUUGUUCGUGCUCAUCUUGAUUCACUCUAUGACACAAUGUUGGAGCAAAAUCUUUGCAGAAUUGUUGAACCUUAUUCUCGUGUUGAGGUCAGCCACAUAGCGUCGUGCAUAUCUCUGUCAAUCUCUCAAGUGGAGAAAAAAUUAUCGCAAAUGAUUCUAGAUAAAAAAUUGCGUGGAGUGCUCGACCAAGGCGAUGGAGUUUUAAUAGUCUUUGAGGAAACACCUAGAGACAAGACUUACGAAAUUGCACUAGAAACAGUACACAGUAUGGGCAAAGUCGUGGAUACGCUUUAUCAAAAGGCGAAGAAACUCACGUAGCCUUAUUAAAUUCAAAUUUGUACAAUUAACAUACCUCUAUAAUGUCACUAUUAUUACUAUUAACGAUUAAUAUUAACUAUUAGCUCAUUAAAAUAUUGUCGGUAAAUCGCA